AUGUUUGAUUUAGAUAGUUUAGUCAUUGUUUUUUUUAUUUUUUUUUAUUCUGUAUUUAAUUCCCUCAUUACCAUAAUCAUCCUCAAAUAUUAUUAUUGUCCACAACAACAAAACAAUAAUGGUAGAAUGUUUACUAAAGAGGAUGUCGAUCAUCUUUUGGAAAAUCAAAAGAAUGAAAUUCUAAAAAAUUUUUCCAAUGAAAAAGCUAUUCUAUCAAAAGAAAAUGAGGAUAUUCAAUUUAAAUUGGAAAAAAAACAAAACAAAAUUUCAAAACUAAAUGGUUUGGUAUCAGAUUUAAACAAUAUAAUGAAGGAUGUUCUAGGAAAACCUCUAUCAGUACCAGAAACAACAAAAUUGAAAAAUGCUUUAGAAGAAAAUGAGAAAUUAAAAAAGGAAAUGUUUGAAGUUGAACAAAAAAACUCACAGCUUAAUAAUGAAGUCCAAGUUCAAAUUAAGAAAUUCAAUGCCCUUAAAGGACAUGCCCAAUCAAGAUUGGAGAAUGCAUCGGAGCAAUUAUCCGAAAUUAAAAAAGUAGCAAAAAAAGAAAUUUUAGAAUUAAGUUUAAAAUUGAAAGACUCAGAAUCAAAAUUGGCUUUGAAAAAUAAACAAUACGAUGAUAUGGCCAAAUCACGUGAAGAAUUUUUUUCAAAAGCUCCAAUUGACAACAAUAAGGAGUCAUCUAAAGAGUCACAUUGA